AUGACCAGAACCGACAAUGGGCAGGUUACGGAGCACAAGAUUGCUGGCAGUCGAGGCACCGAUUUUGCCAAAUAUGGUGAUUCGGGAUCCUGGGUAUACACCCUCGGUGGUGAGCCUGCAGGGAUGCUAAAAGGUGGCGAUGAAGCUCAUGGAACCGGGACAAUGACUUUGAUGCCCGACAUCUUCGAUGAUAUCAAAAGUGUAACCGGUGCCAUCAAUGUGCGAGUUGCUCCUGCGCCAGAUUCUUGA